AUGUUCAAAAUUUUCUUUUCUUUGGCUCUGAUCGUUGUUGUCAGUUCCCAAUACAGUCCUCUGCCCUACAAAGGCCACCACGAAGAAGAAUAUGGUCCAGCAAAGUACGAAUUUGCUUACGUAGUAGAAGAGCCCCACACCGGAGAUUUCCAUUCCCAACAGGAGCAACGUGAUGGUGACCACGUCCAAGGGCAGUACUCCCUCCACGAGGCCGAUGGUACUGUCAGAAUCGUGAAAUACUCAGACGAUGGACACGGUUUUAAUGCUGUCGUAGAAAAACAGGGACACCCCACCGAAGCUCCUGUUGCUUACAAGAAAAUCGUCGCUGCCCCAGCACCACACAACUAUUAUCACCAUUAA